AGUCUCAAUCGAUCUACUUCGCAGUUCUCUCUCUCUCUCUCUCUCUCUCUCUCUCUCGGAUUCUCCCUCUCUGAUCCGGCGAACCGCGACAGGCCGACAACCUUCCUCACUGCUCGCUGACGUUCGCAAUUUAGACUUAUUCGCACUUGGCAGCCCGCUGGUCAGAUGGCGUCUUUGCAAGAAAGUUUAAGUAAAUUCAAGAAGCAGCAAGAGAAGUGCCAGUCAACUCUUACAAGCAUUGCAUCGAAAGCUGGAUCUUCUAGGUCUGUGGCAAACCUGAAGGCCACACCUGUAGGUACAUCUUCAAUCAAUGCAAAAUCCCCAGCUCCAGCAGUUAAAUUCUCAAAUGAUACAGAGAGACUACAACACAUCAACAGUAUCCGGAAAGCCCCUGUAGGAGCUCAGAUCAAGCGUGUAAUAGACUUGCUGUUAGAGACAAGGCAAGCAUUCACACCAGAUCAAAUAAAUGAAGCAUGUUAUGUUGAUGCGAACGCGAACAAGGCUGUCUUUGACAGUUUGAGGAAUAACCCGAAAGUGAAUUAUGAUGGGAGGUGUUUUUCUUACAAGUCCAAACAUGACGUGAAGGACAAGAAUCAACUGCUAGUCUUAGUACGUAAAUUUCCAGAGGGCAUUGCUGUCAUUGAUCUCAAGGAUGCCUACCCAACUGUCAUGGAGGAUCUACAGGCUCUCAAGGCUGCUGGUCAAAUCUGGCUGUUAUCAAAUUUUGAUUCGCAAGAGGACAUAGCGUAUCCGAAUGACCCCCGCGUGCCUAUAAAGGUUGAUGACGACCUGAAGCAGCUGUUCCGUGGAAUCGAACUGCCGCGGGAUAUGAUUGACAUUGAGAAGGAUCUGCAGAAGAACGGCAUGAAGCCGGCCACGAACACAGCGAAGAGGAGGGCCAUGGCGCAGGUUCAUGGCAUGGGUCCAAAGCCGAAGCCCAAGAAGAAGAAGCACGAAAUCAGCAAGAGGACUAAACUUACCAAUGCUCACCUGCCGGAGCUAUUCCAGAAUCUCAACGUUCCGGGUUCUUAGAUGGGUUGGUUGGUUGGUUGGUUGGUUGGUUCGUCAUCAACUCUCGCUCUCACAUUAUUAUUAUUAUGUAGAUAGAAAAGCCAAUAGGGUUUCAACCAAACCAAACCCCUUUCUCUUUAGCGCCGCCCGCCCGCCCCCAUCAACAUAACACUAAUAAUUGUUGCAAUUUGUCCUCGUUAAUGGGGGUUGUAGGUAGCAGUUUAAAUGUACUUACAUUUAACUCUUGCCACCCGUGUUACUUAACCCCACCCCCAAGGUCCAAGUCUCAAAGUGUGCCCCCCCGCGUAGCGUACUGUAUAAAAUUGUGUGUAAUCUUUGGUUAGCUCUUUUUAUAUUUCUUAAUUAUUAUUCUUUAAAUGUCGGAACUUGAAAAGGAAACUGAUCUGCUCACUUUACUGCUUUAA